AUGUCUGCACCUCCAAUCUCGAGCCCUCCGGCUCCCGGUGUUGUCGAACCCCAUUUACGUCCUAAGCAUCGAAGGACCCAUACUGGAUUUGGCGUUCGUGAGAUCAAGGCCAUUGAAGCCAGCAUCCCGCAACCCUUGAGAGAAACUUGGCGCAAACUUGCUGCUACUGAAUUCAAGGGGAAGGAGGAAUUCCAGCGAGAGGUUGUUCGCCAUGUCGAGACCACUUUGGCUCGUUCAAUGUACAACUGCGAUGACUUGGCAGCAUAUUCCGGUACAGCUCUUGCUGUCCGUGAUAAGCUUGUAGUUUCCUGGAAUAAAACCCAGCAACACCAAACGCUCCAGGACCAGAAGCGAAUCUAUUACCUUUCGCUUGAGUUUCUUAUGGGAAGAACUCUUGACAACUCCUUGUUGAACACGGGAAUCAAGGACACCGCCAGAGAGGGUGUUGGUGAACUUGGUUUCAGAAUUGAAGAUGUUAUUGACAAAGAACAUGAUGCUGCUCUUGGAAAUGGUGGUCUUGGAAGAUUAGCGGCUUGUUUCUUGGAUUCUCUUGCGACCUUGAACUACCCAGCAUGGGGCUACGGUUUGAGAUAUCGCUAUGGAAUCUUCAAGCAGGAAAUUGUAGAUGGUUAUCAAGUUGAGGUUCCAGAUUACUGGCUGGAUUUCAACCCCUGGGAAUUCCCGCGUCAUGAUGUCUGCGUUGAUAUCAUGUUCUAUGGUUAUGUAACCAAGGUUAGCGACAAUGAUGGCAAGAUUUCCCACCUCUGGGAGGGAGGUGAGAUAGUUCAAGCAAUUGCGUACGAUGUCCCUAUUCCCGGCUACGAGACUUCUACAACCAACAAUCUUCGUCUAUGGUCCUCAAAGCCGUCGAGUGGCGAGUUUGACUUCCAAAAGUUCAACUCCGGUGACUACGAAGGGUCUAUCCGUGAACAACAGAAAGCCGAGACCAUCUCUGCAGUCCUGUACCCCAAUGAUAACAUCUCCGCCGGUAAAGAGCUCAGACUCAAACAACAGUAUUUCUGGGUUGCGGCUUCAUUGCACGAUAUCGUAAGACGAUUCAAGAAGUCGCACCGCCCAUGGAAGGAGUUCCCAGACCAAGUUGCGAUCCAGCUCAACGAUACCCAUCCAACGCUGGCGAUUGUUGAGUUACAGAGAAUCUUCAUCGAUAUUGAGGGUCUUACAUGGGAUCAAAGUUGGGAUAUCGUCACCCGUACUUUCGGCUACACCAACCACACCGUUCUUCCGGAAGCACUUGAGAAAUGGUCGGUCCCUCUUUUCCAGAGCCUCCUCCCACGUCAUCUCCAGAUCAUCUACGAGAUCAAUCUUUACUUCCUUCAGGGCGUCGAGAAGAAGUUUCCCAAGGAUCGUGACAUGUUGCAACGAGUUUCUAUCAUCGAGGAGAGCCAGCCUCAAGUAAUCCGAAUGGCUUACCUCGCGAUCAUUGGCUCCCACAAAGUCAACGGUGUUGCCGAACUACACUCCGAUCUUAUUAAGGCUACAAUCUUUAAAGAUUUUAUUGCCGUGUUCGGUCCUGAUAAGUUUACGAACGUUACAAACGGUAUUACUCCUCGCCGCUGGCUUCAUCAAGCAAACCCCAAACUUUCGGAUCUCAUCGCGAGCAAGUUGGGCGGAUACGAUUUUUUGAAGGAUUUAAACCUCCUCAAAGGGCUUGAACGGUGGGUCGACGACAAGGAAUUCCGCAAGGAGUGGAUGGAAAUCAAGCUAGCCGCAAAGAUAAGACUUGCGAAGUACAUUAGGGACACUACUCAGAUAGCAGUGAACCCACAUUCAUUGUUUGAUAUUCAGGUCAAGAGGAUACACGAGUACAAACGUCAACAAAUGAACAUUUUCGGUGUCAUUUAUCGAUACCUGAGGCUCAAGCAGAUGAAGCCUGAGGAGCUCAAGAAACAAGUACCCAGAGCCUCUAUCUUUGGAGGAAAGGCUGCUCCGGGUUACUGGAUGGCAAAAACCAUCAUUCGUCUUAUCACUGCUGUUGGCGAAGUUGUGAACACCGAUAAGGAUAUCGGUGACCUUCUAAAGGUUGUUUUCAUUGAGGAUUAUAAUGUUAGUAAGGCAGAGAUCAUUAUUCCCGCCUCCGACAUCAGUGAACACAUCUCUACCGCCGGAACCGAAGCCAGUGGAACAAGUAACAUGAAGUUUGUGCUGAAUGGUGGUUUGAUCAUCGGAACUUGCGAUGGUGCCAACAUUGAAAUCACACGCGAGAUUGGAGAGGACAAUAUCUUCUUGCUUGGUCACUUAGCGGAGGAUGUCGAAGAGCUUCGUCAUCAACACCGCUUCGGAAAAGUCGAGAUGGACCCCAAACUCCGAUUAGUCUGCGAUGCGAUUGAAGCUGGACAAUUCGGUGACCCGAACAUCUACAACGGCUUAAUCUCGGCUCUUACAACAGGAUGUGAUUACUACCUUGUCAGCGACGAUUUCUCCAGUUAUCUUGCCACUCAAGAUUUGGUCGACACAACCUUUAAGGAUAAGGAGGACUGGGCUACAAAGUCGAUCAUGAGCGUCGCAAACAUGGGAUUUUUCAGUGCCGAUCGUGCUAUCAACGAGUAUGCCGAUACAAUCUGGAAUGUUGAGCCAACCCCACAAAAGAAAUAA